AUGCCCUACCCGAAGGUCGCAAUCGUCUUCUGCACCGGCUGCCGCUGGGGCUUGCGCGCAAGCUGGUAUGCUCAGGAGUUGCUACAGACUUUCGGCGACUCCCUAGCCGAGAUUGCCCUCGUACCGGGUCCGUCCGGUCAAUUCCAGGUCCUCUGUUACGCAAGCCAAGAACAAGAGGCCACGGACAGCGGCAACACCAUCUGGGAUCGGCGCCGCGACAAUGGUUUUCCUGAUAGUAAAUAUCUGAAGCAGGCUGUCAAAGCCACUCUUUUUGCAGACAGCGGACCCGCCCUGGGCGCCCACAUAGCAAGGGCUGCUCCGGCCGCCCUGCUCAAAGCCCCCGCCGAGCCAUUGCAGCAUUGCGAUGAUUGCGUCGGGGAUACAUAA